GUGCUAAAAAUAGUGAUUCGUAGCCUUUCAAGAGAACAGUUGAACGAAAAAAAAAAAAAAAAAGUCAACUCCGGUUGCAAAAACAAAAGAAAACGUUAGCUUUCAGAGCAAGCGUCUCUUUUUAGGCGGGGAUGGGACGCUGGCUAACGUUAGCUAGAGCAACCUGCCACAGUGCCACCAAUGUUUGUGUUCCAAAAAGAUAAAGCACCUUCGAAGCGGGCAGCUGAUGCAUCCAGUGGAGAAGAUGGAGAAGAUUCAGACAGAGAAGAUGGCUAUUGUCCUCCGGUGAAAAGAGAGAGGACUUCAUCUUCAACACAGUUCCCGUCUUCACAUUCUGUGGCUAGUAAGAACAAUGUCUUCAUGCCAUCAAGUUUCUGGCAGUCUCCCACUGGGAAUUCCGAGGACUCGGAGCCAGAAGAGAAGCCAGUUGGGUUUCGUUUAAAACCACCAACUCUUAUACACGGGAAGGCACCUAGUUCAGCAGGUUAUGUUCCAGGCGUCCCCAGUCAGAAACCCAAGGAGCAACUGCGCAGUGUCCUCCGGCCAGCCAUGCUCCAGGCCCCGCCAGCCAAGACCAACUCCGAGUCCACUAACGGGGUGAAGAAGUCAACGGACGGGACGUCAGAAGGGUCGACCAUCUUCCGUAACAACACUGAGCAGUCAGACGGCCUCGCCAGGUCACCGAAAUGUGACAAAGAGGAGGAUGGGAUGAGGGACGACUGUCCUGCAGAGUCCUCUUUCGUGUUUGGACAAAAUAUCAAAGACAGAGCAAAGUUGGAAGAGAGCUCUAAAGACUGCAAGUUGUUACCCCUGGCCUCUCAGAAGGAGGGAACAAACUAUUUCUUAGAGUACAUUGCCACCCCCAGUUCAAAGAACGCCGCAAACAAUACGGACAAGGGGGCCAAAUUUGUCUUCGGGCAGAACAUGUCAGAGAGGGUUCUGAGUCCUCCUAGAGGAGGUGAGGCAUCAGAAGAGGACUGUAAAGACUUACCGGCUCCCCCUGUGUCUGAACCGUCCUCAAAGGAAAACACACCAGAGAAGGGUAACAACGUGACAGAGUCACUGGAGGAGUCUGCAGCAGCGUACACCAAAGCCACAGCCAAGAAGUGUAUCUUAGAGAAAGUAGACGUCAAAACUGGAGAGGAAUCAGAAAGUAAUGUUUUACAGGUCCAGUGCAAGUUGUUUGUGUUUGACAUGACGGCCCAGUCGUGGAUAGAGCGAGGUCGAGGGCUGCUCAGGCUUAAUGACAUGGCAUCUACAGAUGACGGAUCAUUACAGUCACGCCUAGUGAUGCGGACCCAGGGCAGUUUAAGGUUGAUCCUGAACACCAAGCUGUGGCCCCAGAUGCAGGUGGACAAGGCCAGCGAGAAGAGUGUCCGCGUCACCGCCAUGGACACAGAGGACCAGGGGGUCAAAGUGUUCCUAAUAUCGGCCAGUUCUAAGGACACAGGUCAGCUCGCUGCAGCGCUGCACCAUCGUAUCCUGGCCUUGAAGAGCCGUGCGGACCAGGAGCCCCAUGAGGCCUCGGCUACAGACUGCGUCCCUGAGGCUGACCUGCCCCACUCUGAGGGGGACAGCGAUGAGGAAGACCAGGUCAACAACACAGCAGCAGGUAACUCCGAGGGAGGGGAGACCCUGGCUGCUGGGAACACAUAGCGUUAGUCGCCCUAAAGGACUGCCUGUCAGGAUACUGCUGCUGUUUAAGGGGCAUUUUACUGCAGGCAUCCCCACGGACACCCCACCCUGACCAACAUGGGUCCUUCAGACCAGUACUUUUGGAUAUUUAGAAUUCUAGCUCCAGGAUUAAAAAUAAAAAAAACCUGUGCUGGAGUCUCUCUCACCCUAACUCGUGCAGUUCAUUUUUUCCCUUUGCAUUCAAAAAAAGUAAACAUCUGGACUUAUUUUUAUUAUUUUAUUUUUUUCUCGGCUGCAAUAAGAAACAACAGCUUUUGGGGGGAGGUUUGUGACUUGGCUUCUCAUCAUAUUGAUGAGUGUGAGGGUGUUUUUCCCCUCUGACAUUUUAAGGUAUGACACAUGUUUUUAUGAAUGCAGUUUCUACUAUGGGACCUUUCUACUCACCCACACGUCUUGGACCCACCCAACCAGCCCCGGCUCCAGAGGAACUCAUGGCUGUCACCGUGUUCUGCUCUGACUCAUUUGACUGGUCCUUCAUCGGCUCACCAUCCCCAUCCAUCCAGCUCUCACAUGUCGAAUAGUUUCCGGAUAUGUCAUUCAUUUGUGGUCAUCAAUUUUCGUGAGCUAUCUAACGCAUAAUAUGCACUGUUUCUAGUGUUCACGGCUAGUCCGCAUCACUCGGUCUUCAAAUGAUAGCAGUUUCUUAUAUUUCCUGUUUAGUAAAUAAAUGACUAAAACCAAUGCAACUCUUGUGGGUUAAUGCUCCAAGGAUAACCAACGGAGCAGGCAACAAGGCGCAUGUCCCAAUUAAUAUCUUGUUUGUCCUGAAAGUGUGUACUCAUUCAGUCUGAGCAGGUUCGACCAGAGCCUAGUGAGAUACGAUACUUCUCACACAUCUAAAAGCAUUGGAUUGGUGGCGUCCAUCAUUUUAACCACAUUUCCAUUCAAAUCAGUGAAGGAAAAUGAACAAGUGCACACUUUUUUUUGGAGCAAAGAGAGUUGGGACAAAACCAAGGAUUCACCUGGAAAAUGUCUCUAAAAUGGAUGACUUUGCAUCAUCUAGUCAUUGACCCUGUUAUGCAUCUCAAGAAAGUAACUCAACAAAAUCUUAUCUACAUUUUGUAUGUCAUGGUUUUCAGUUCUGACAUUUGAGAGUUUUAUUGUGUUGAUACAGUAUUAUUUGUUGUUUGAUACAUAUAAACAUUUUUUAUCCAUUUUCAAUUCAUUUGGAGAGAAAAAAAAAACUGCUGGAAUGAAGAUUUAUUUUGUCUGUGAAAAAAAAAAAAAAAACGGGAGUUCAUUCAAACAACCGUACUACCCUUGAAUGUCAUGUACAUUUGAAUAUAGGCCGUGGCUGCGGAGUAGACUUUUCUGGGAUCUAAAGAUCCCGAAGCGUCUGUGUAUGUGCGGAUGACUUUCUACUAUGUUCUGUUAUUUAAAAUAUAACAAUGAUCUUGCAGACAUUGAUUCAUCUCUUAAUCUAACUUUAUUAAACGAGCACCAUUCGUCUGAAUAGGUCUGUUCUCUACGACGAGCAGAGAAUAUACACAUGUACAGAACGUGAUCCGCACAGAAGCAGAUCCUAAUAAAGGAGCAUCCGCAACCACGCCGUUUGAAUAUAUUAAUUAUCCUUUAGUUAGCGAUCCGCAACCACGCCGUUGAAUAUAUUAAUUAUCCUUUAGUUAGCGAUCCGCAGCCACGCCGUUGAAUAUAUUAUUCUUUAGUAAUCGUUCUCAACUCUUCUCCCUCUUUACAAAAUAAAACAUUUUGGACUGA